UGCAUUCGAAAAUUUUCACACAACUUGAAAUGCUAAAACAUGGCAGCCUGCAGUGAGUUAGGCCUGAUUGGGACAAUUUCAGAAAAUGAUGACAUAAAACUAGCUCCUGAAAGCUCUGACAGUGAUGAAGAUGUUGUGCAAGUACAGAAAAAGAAGAAGAAAAAGGCAAAAAAUGAAUUCAACACAGGAUUCAACUUUACAGAACUGGAAGACCCAUUCAAGGGAUUUAAGACAAUCAACUUACAGUUUGCUAAGAAAGCUGAACCAGCAUUCACACUAGAUGAGAAAAUAGCUGCUGCAAGGAAGAAAAGGAAGAAAGGGAAUGAAGAUUCUGAUGUUGAGGAUGAUGAAAAUAAAGGUGAAAAGUUUGUUGAGGAUGAGUUAGAAGAGGAUAUUGAAUCAUCGGAUGAGGAAUUUAAAGCUGACACAGUGAAAAUAAAAGAAAAGAAGAAAAAGAAACAAAAAAAGAAGAAGAAAGGACAAGACUUAGAUGAAGAAGAGGAAGGGGAGAAAGUGCAGUUUUCGGAGAAUGUAGAUACAUAUAAUAGAAACAUGGCUUUUCAAGAUAUCAAUGUCUCAAGACCCCUGAUGAAGUCACUGCAGCAGAUGAACUUUGAGAAACCCACUCCUAUACAAGCAGCUACCAUACCUAUAGCUUUACUUGGCAGGGAUAUUUGUGCUUGUGCUGUAACUGGGUCAGGAAAAACCAUUGCAUUUAUGUUACCUAUAUUGGAGAGAUUGUUGUACAAACCUAAGCAGGCAUCUGUGACACGCGUGUUAAUACUUGUACCUACUAGAGAGUUAGCUGUCCAGGUACACACUGUCGGCAAACAGCUGGCAAACUACACAAAUAUUGAACUUACACUAGCAGCAGGUGGUUUGGAUCUUAAGCAGCAGGAAGCAGCAUUACGUUUAGGACCUGAUAUCGUCAUAGCAACCCCAGGUAGAUUGAUAGAUCAUCUCCAUAACUCACCAAGCUUCAACCUAAACAGUGUGGAAAUCCUCGUCCUCGAUGAAGCAGACAGGAUGUUGGAUGAAUAUUUUGCUGAACAGAUGAAGGAAGUUAUACGUCUGUGUUCUCGUACCAGACAGACGAUGUUGUUCUCAGCUACCAUGUCUGAACAAGUAAAAGAUCUGGCUGCUGUAUCACUCAACAAACCAGUGAAAAUAUUUAUCAACCAGAACACAGAUACUGCCUUAGGUCUUAGACAGGAGUUUAUCAGGAUUAGGGCAAAUAAAGAGGGUGAUAGGGAAGCCAUUGUUGCAGCACUGUUGGCAAGAACUUUUCCAGACCAUGUGAUUGUAUUCAUACAAACCAAGAAACAAGCACAUAGAAUGCAUCUGGUGUUAGGAUUGUUGGGGAUAAAUGUUGGGGAACUCCACGGCAAUCUCUCGCAAGCCCAGAGAUUAGAAACAUUGAAGAGAUUUAAGAACUCAGAGGUUGAUGUAUUGCUGGCAACAGAUCUUGCUGCUCGGGGUCUUGAUAUUGAAGGUGUCAAAACUGUGAUAAAUUUUACCAUGCCAAACACCGUGAAACAUUAUGUACACAGAGUGGGUAGAACAGCGAGAGCUGGAAAAAGUGGAAGAUCAAUUUCUCUUGUUGGGGAGCAGGAAAGAAAAGUUUUGAAGGAAAUUGUAAAAAAAGCCAGAACCCCAUUGAAGACCAGAAUCGUACCUCAAGAUGUUAUAUCAAAGUACCGGGACAAGAUCAGCUCCACGGAGAAAGAUAUAGAAGAGAUUGAACUGCAAGAGAAAGAGGAACGAGAAUUGCGAGCAACAGAAAACCAGAUGAAUAAAGCAAAGAGAAUUCUUGAAGAGAGCAAAGACGAAAUGAAUUCUGACCAGAAACGUGUAUGGUUCCAGACACACAAAGAACGAAUGGCUGAAAAAACUGCAUUAAGGUUAGGAGAAUAUGACUUGACGUCUGGCAAACAGAAGAAGAAGAAAAAAGAUAUGGUACAAAAUAAAACAGCUGAAGAUCGGUCCAACUUUGAAAUACAGAAAGCUCAGUUAUAUGCUGCAAAAUUUGCCAAAAAGUCUUUAAGACAGAAACGUAUGAGAGGAUUUGAUGAUGAUGACCAGAAAGGUGCAGGUCCCUCAAAGAAAAAGAAGCAAAAGAAGCCAAAACUUAAGUCUGCUUUUGAUAAGGAACUUACAAAUACAGGCAAAAGUGCAGUUAGACAGUAUAGAGCAGGACCAUCAUAUAAAGAAAGGAAGGAGCUUGGAUUGCCUGGCAAGAAAAACAAACAGAAAGGCAAAAGGAGAUGACAAAUACAGUAUUGAUGGAAUUUUCUUAUCAUUUGCGUUUAUGAACUAUUAAGGAUGAAUAAAUAAAAUUGUGAAAUUUUAAGUGUCUCUAAUUUGUGGUUGAAAAAAAAGUUCAGUGGA